AUGGCUUCAAGAGAUUUGCCACAUAGUUUUAGAGAGCUAUUUUGGGGUUGGGCCGAAAGGAUUCCCCUGGAGAUGACCAUCCUCAAGUCAAGACAACAAUUGAUUGAUGAGGAUAUGCACACCCCACAAAUCCACUCUAAGCACAUUGGUUCCGCUUCAUCAGACAAAUCGUCCUCAUCGGAUUUUGUUGAAGGUGAAGAAGGUGAUUCCGACUCCUACGAAGCACCACCAAAAACAGUCAAAUUUAAUAAUUUAUGGCCCGCUUUUGCUUCUGGUGCUGGGUUAUUCUCCGAUGGGUACGUCAACAACUCCAUCUCUACUGUUUUGUCCUGUUUGAAAAAAAUUUAUCCUGAAGAGUCUGCUAAAAGUAACGCUCUUAACAACAUUGCUUCCAUUGCGUUUGUCGGUACUGUGGUUGGACAAUUGGGAUUUGGUUAUAUUUCGGAUAGAGUUGCCAGACGUGGUGGUAUGAUGGCAGCAAAUAUCAUGUUGAUUUUAUUUACGUUGUUGUGUGCCGUUGGAUCAUGGGGAGCCACCGUGCAAGGUUUUUUCGCAUGCUUUACUGUAUGGAGAUUCUUUUUGGGUGUUGCUAUUGGUGCCGAAUAUCCGACCAGUUCAGUUAUUGCUUCGGAAUUUGCCAACCAGUUACCCGCCGGUCGCAGAAACAGAUAUUUCUCGUGGUUUACUAAUUUCAUGAUUGAUACUGGGUUUGUUGUUUCAGCUUUUGUUCCAUUUGUGUUGUUGUGGAUCUUUUCUGAACGUCAUUUACGAGCAUUGUGGAGAGUUACUAUUGGGUUGGGAGUUAUUCCACCCUUGAUUUUAUUCUUUAUUCGUAUGAAGAUGAGUGACUCAAAGACAUUUGAAAAAUUGAAUAUGAAACACGUUAGAUACAGAGAUUACCCUUGGUGGUUGAUUAUCAAAUUUUAUUGGUUUAGAUUGACCAUUGUUUCGUUGAUUUGGUUUAUCUAUGAUUUCUCCUCUUAUUCGUUUGGCUCUUUCAACACCAUUAUUAUCGGUGAGAUUAUUCCUGAUGCGCCACUUUGGCAAAAUUGGGGUUGGUCCGUUGUUUUCAACUUGUUUUACAUUCCUGGUGCUUUCCUUGGUGCGUUAUCGGGUGAUUAUUUUGGUCCAAGGUUAACUUUAGCCUUUGGUGUUACAUGCCAAGGAGUUAUUGGGAUUGCCAUGUCUGCCUGCUUGGAGCAAUUAAAGAGACACGUUGCUGGGUUUGUUGUUGUUUUCGGAAUCUUUACUACAUUUGGUGAAUUUGGCCCUGGUGACAAUAUUGGAUUGUUGGCUUCCAAGACCAGUGCAACUGCUAUCAGAGGUCAAUAUUAUGGUAUUGCUGCUGCUAUUGGUAAAAUUGGUGCUUUUGUUGGUACCUGGGUAUUCCCUGCUAUUCAAAAGCAUUAUGAAGGUCAAGGAAACAAGGAUUUACAGGUUCCGUUUUACAUUUCAUCAGCAUUGUGUUUGUUUAGUGCUUGUUUGGCUAUAUUCUGGUUACCUCACGUGGGUCAAGAUGCCAUUAAUAAGGAAGAUGCCGAUUUUGUUGACUACUUGAAGUCGCAUGGUUUUGAUAUCAGCCUCUUGGGUGAGCCCGGCGCCGUUACUGAAAUGAUUGCUGAAGAGCACAAGAGGAAUCCUAAUGGUACCGAUAUAAAAGACGGCGCAGUUGGUGGACACGCUGCUGGUGCUGCUGAAUUCACCGGUCUGGAGAUUUUAGCUUACGACUCGUUAGGUGAGCAAAAAAAUGCGCCGGGUAUACAUGAGAAGAUUACCAAACAAUAA